AUGAGUAAAGUUAUCAAAAAGACUGACCGUAAAAAAUCGAUGACGCGCGGUGAUGGCGCGAAGUCUGCCCGGAAGCAAAGUCUGAACGCGGAAAGAAAGCAAAGCAUAAAAACAACGUCAGAAAGGAAAUCUAGUGCAGAUCCUGAAAGAAAACAAAGUUUAAUGGCGGCAGAGAGAAAAUUAAGCAUCAAUUCUGACGAGAGAAAUUCGUCGAUGGAUACCGGAAGAAAAACGUCGACGUUUGCCGAAAGACGAUCAUCACUGGUCGGCGAUACUCGGAGAGGGUCGAUUUUAGAGCCGGCGAUUGGACGUUCUGCGCUGAUAACGACGUCAGCACAAGGGCAACGUCCCGUCAAUAUAAAAUUAGAAAACACCUACAAAAAUCGACCUGACAAAGUUGUCCGGAAUGACGAUAUCAGGACGUGCAUCAAAGAUGUGUUCGAGAAGGAAUUACACGACAAAACCUACAACCAAGAUGAAUGCUGCAUUCUGUCUAAAAGACUCGCAGAAAUAAUCAAACAGAACGUGAAAUCUUUGGUACAGCGGUAUAAGAUUAUUACUGUGGUAGCCCUUGGUCAGCGACAGGACUAUUCGCCCUCAGUCGCGUUCACUAGCCGCUGUGUGUGGAACGCAAACUUUGACACAUUUUCGGAGUACACGUACAAAAAUAUGUCGUUCUACGCUGUGGGGCUAGUAUAUGUAUUGUAUGCGGAGUAA